AAUGUAGCCGAUGAAAAAGCAAAAACCCAAAACAGAAGGGCCAAGAUCCGAUAUUUGCCCAAGAGAAAUGAUAGCAUUGCCCAAAUCUAUUGCGUGACCACGUGUUCAACUCAGACGCUUGAUCCACGCGCUUCGAACUCAAAUAAAAGCGAUCAAAACCUGAAGCUCCCAUCUCUGAACUCAAUUCAAUGGACUCUCUCGCUCUCUUCUGUACCGGGGCUCUGCUUGCCGGUGGCCUCAUCUGGUUCGUUUGCAUUCUGGGUCCCGCCGAACAGAAGGGAAAACGAGCAGUCGAUCUAUCGGGCGGUUCCAUCUCUGCCGAAAAUGUGCAAGAUAACUACAAUCAAUAUUGGUCAUUCUUCCGCCGGCCCAAAGAGAUUGAAACCACCGAGAAAGUCCCCGACUUCGUCGACACUUUCUACAACCUGGUCACCGACAUAUACGAGUGGGGUUGGGGUCAGUCUUUCCACUUUUCCCCUUCAAUCCCUGGGAAGUCCCACCGCGAUGCGACUCGCCUUCACGAGGAGAUGGCAGUCGAUCUCAUCGAUGUCAAGCCAGGAGAUCGAAUUCUGGACGUCGGCUGUGGCGUCGGCGGGCCCAUGCGUGCAAUCGCCGCCCACUCCCGGGCCAAGGUUGUGGGUAUAACGAUCAACGAUUACCAAGUGAAUCGCGCUCGUUUGCAUAACAAGAAGGCAGGCUUGGAUUCGCUCUGCGAAGUCGUGUGCGGUAACUUUCUUAAGAUGCAAUUCCCGGACAACAGCUUCGACGGUGCGUACUCGAUUGAAGCGACUUGCCACGCGCCGAAGCUGGAGGAGGUGUACACCGAGAUAUUUAGGGUUUUGAAGCCUGGAUCACUCUACGUGUCGUACGAGUGGGUAACGACGGACAAGUUCAGGGCCGAAAACCCGGAGCACGUGGCGAUCGUCCAGGGGAUUGAGAGAGGGGACGCCUUGCCGGGGCUCAGAAGCUACUCGGACAUAGCCGAGACGGCGAGAAAGGUAGGGUUUGAGAUCGUGAAGGAGCGUGAUCUGUCUAAGCCGCCAGCCCAACCGUGGUGGACGAGAUUGAAGAUGGGAAGGAUCGCCUACUGGAGGAACCACAUUCUGGUCACUGUACUCUCGGCCUUGGGGAUAGCGCCCAAAGGCACGGUCGAUGUGCACGAGAUGCUGUUCGUGACUGCCGACUAUUUGACCCGAGGGGGUGAUUCCGGAAUUUUUUCUCCGAUGCACAUGAUUCUCUGCAGAAAGCCCGAGUCACCUUCAUCGUCUUAGUCAACCGUCGACGAUGUAACCACCUCAUAUUCCUCAGUUCCAUUACCGGCUUCGUCUUUAGUUUUUUUACCCGAUUUCAAUUAUUUUCGAUCUUUGCAUUUUUUUUUUUCCCGAAUUUUGUUUUGUUUAAUCUCGUGGUUGAAUUCUGGUUUCUUUCUCUCUGAUAGUUCCUUGGUUUGAAGUUCUGAACUUUUUAUAAUAUUUGGGCAUCUUUGAUCA